CUGUUUGUGGUGAACAAGGAUUGUAAACAAUUAAGAUUUGCCAUUUGUUUGACUUCCCUGCGUUUAUUUAGCUGCCUAGGCGAGCCCACAGACCAUGUUUGAACGCAACCAGAAGACCAUCUUCGUGCUGGACCACACACGGUACUUCAGCAUUGCCAGCGAGGAGUACAUCUCCAUGGAUUUCCUCAAGGGAAAGCCGUCCGUAGACGGCGGAGGAAACGCAACCGGAGGAGGUUGUGGAUCCCAGUUCAGCAAGAGCCUGUGGACCUGCGCCUGCGAGUCCUCCAUCGAGUACUGCCGCGUUGUCUGGGACCUCUUUCCGGGCAAGAAGCACGUGCGCUUCAUCGUCUCGGACACUGCUGCCCACAUCGUGAACACCUGGAGUCCCAGCACGCAGAACAUGUCGCACGUGAUGAACGCCAUGGUGAUGGUGGGCGUGCCGUCGCGCAACAUGCCCCAGUCGUCGGACUACUCGGUGAUCCACGGCCUGAGGGCGGCCAUCGAGGCUCUGGCCGAGCCCACGGACGAGCAAAUGGCGGCGAUGGCCGACUACGGCCCCGAGGAACUGCCACGCGUUCCCAACAAGGGGCGCGUCAUCUGCAUCACCUCGGCGCGUGACAACAUAAGCAUGAAGAGCCUGGAGGACAUCUUCAACACGGUGCUGGUGCAGCAAAACGCCCUGGCAGCGCCGCCGGCCAAGAAGGGUUUGUCCAUCGACCACUGCCACCUGGUCAUCCUCAACAUUGUCCCGUUGGGCGUCGAAUCGCUGGUGACAAAUCGCAGUCUGCUCAAAAUCUCGCCGCUGCUGGACGUAGAGAUCCACACGGUUAGCGCUCCGGACAUCUCGUACAAGUUGACACACCUAAUCCUGAACCACUAUGACCUGGCCAGCACCACGGUGACCAAUAUACCCAUGAAGGAGGAGCAGAACGCCAAUUCCAGCGCCAACUAUGACGUGGAAAUCCUGCACAGUCGCCGCGCCCACUCCAUCACUUGCGGCCCGGACUUCAGCCUGCCCACGAGCAUUAAGCAAGGCGCCACGUACGAGACGGUGACCCUGAAAUGGUGCACACCACGCGGCUGCGGCUCGGCGGACCUGCAGCCCUGCCUGGGUCAGUUUCUGGUGACACCCGUGGAUGUGACUUCGCGGCCAAGCUCGUGCCUGAUCAAUUUUCUGCUGAACGGACGCUCUGUUCUGCUGGAGAUGCCACGCAAGACCGGCUCCAAGGCCACCAGCCACAUGCUGUCUGCCCGCGGUGGCGAGAUCUUUGUCCACUCCCUGUGCAUUACGCGUUCCUGCAUGGAUGAGGCGCCGGCCAUUGCCGAUGGCCCCGGCGGACGCGUCUCGGACUAUCGCACCGCAGAGCUCGGCCAGCUGAUCAAGAUGUCGCGCAUGGUGCCGCUGAAAGUAAAGGAUCCGGCUGCGCCCACUAUGGCGCGUCGACUGCCGCGCUACUUCCCGCUGACCACCAGCUCGUCGAUCCUGUUCCACCUGCAGCGGCAGAUCAGUUGGCUGCCGCACUUCCUGCACCUGUUGGUCAAGGAGGACAUGGACAAACAGGAGGAGGUGCGUUGCCAGCAGCACAUUCACGAGCUCUACAAGAGCGCCUCGCGCGGCGAUGUUCUGCCCUUCACCCAUACGAAUGGAGCCAGGCUUAAGCACUCCAAGGCCAAGGACCAGUAUCGUUUGCUAUAUAGGGAGCUGGAACAACUCAUCCAACUGAACGCAACCACAGUCCACCACAAGAAUCUGCUAGAGAGCCUGCAGAGUUUGCGUGCCGCCUAUGGCGAUGCGCCGCUCAAGUCGGAAUCGGGCACCAGUCUUCUGCGCUCCUACACGGAAUCCCCGCUUUCACCUGAGCGGUUGGAACCUCUCAGCAGCGGCAGUGCCAGUGGCAGCAGCAACUCCAACAGCCUGCUUAAGGCCAGCAAGCGCCGCAUGUCCAGUUGCGGGCAAAGAUCCCUGCUUGAUAUCAUCUCCUCAGCGGAGCGAAGUCAGUCUAACAAACGCUUGGAUUUUUCGGGUCGUCUUUGCACGCCAUUGGGGCAAGUGGCUAAAUUGUAUCCGGACUUUGGCAACAAAGAGAAGGAUUCAAUAACUACGGGAGCCAGCAUUACGCCAAAUGUUAAAGAAGAAUCCAUACGCAGUUAAUUGGAGAGUUUACCUAUCUGAACUAUGAUCCGGACAUAAUUAUAGAAAGAAACUUUCUGUAAUAUUUUCCUUAAGCAUGAUUACUUCGGUAUGGAAUAAUUGAAUGUUGCAAUUAAGUAUUUUUCCAUGCUCUUAGUUGGCUUAUGUUUAAGCUAGAUUUAUUCCCAUGAUUUAAUCUGCUUAUUUUAGGCUGGGAAAACCCAAACUCUUUGUGGAUAAAAGUUAUUGUAAGCUGCCUCAAAAUGAAUUAGUUUAUGAUUCAAACUUUAUGUUUAAAUUAAGAAAUUCUUUUUUUUCUUAUGUAAGAUCAGACUUUUGUAACUGUUUUUAAUCCUUCACACCGAUAUCCAUUGUUUAAAAUUUUGUAACUUAAGAAGAAUUUACUGAGUGCUAGAAAACGCAGAUUUAAUUUGAGUUUAAAACAAAAUUAAACGAAUUAA